UUUAUGUGUUUAUUCACUUCAAUUCGUGCACUGAAUAGCUGUUCACUCGCUGAAAUGUCCGCACGUGACAGUUUGUUCUAAGUGAGACUGCAGUGAGCUAAUUGUAGCUUGCUAGCCAGCUACCAAACACCACUGCACCAGCACAGUGACGUUAUGCGCAGCUGAUGGUCAUGGCUUGGAAGUCGAGGACCCGCAGUCUGCAAGUGUUUGACACGGAGCAGAGUGCCGACACGGUGGAGUGGUGUCCUGUCUCACCGAACCACAACAUCCUGGUCUGCGGGACAUAUCAGCUCCAAAAAGGGGCAGGAGUAGAGGAUGCUACGCAGAGCCGGACUGGUCGUUUGUACCUUUUUGACUUUCGGCGAGAGGAAUCGAUGAGUCCUCCUCUCACUGAGCUGCAGCGCAUGGACACUCCGGCCAUUUUAGAUUUGAAAUGGUGCCAUGUGCCGGUGUUGGGGAAGGCAAUGCUGGGAACAGCGGCUGCCACAGGGGAGCUGCAGCUGUACACAAUGUCAGACGGCCAGGAAGGCAGCUGCAGUCUGCAGACUCUGAGCAGUCUGGAGGUGGGAGCUGAGCGACUGGCUCUGUCAUUAGACUGGUCUACUGGGAGAAUGGACAGCAGCAGCGAUGUGCGGCUGGUGUGCAGUGACUCUGCCGGCUGCGUCAGUGUGCUUUCUCUGGCUGAGGGCGCUCUGACAGCUCUGUCACAGUGGAAGGCCCACGACUUUGAGGCCUGGAUCUCAGCCUUCUCAUACUGGGAUACACAGCUGGUUUACUCAGGUGGUGAUGACUGCAAACUUAAAGGCUGGGAUCUCAGGGUGGGUCCCUCCUGUCCCACUUGGACCAGUAAAAAGCACUCAAUGGGUGUGUGCAGUAUUCACAGCAGCCCACAUCGGGAACACAUCCUGGCCACCGGCAGCUAUGAUGAGCAGGUUUUGUUGUGGGAUGGAAGGAACAUGCGGCAGCCUAUCAGUCAGAGCGCCAUGGGUGGUGGAGUCUGGAGGCUGAAGUGGCAUCCGACCUAUCAGCACCUGCUGCUGGCAGCCUGCAUGCACAACGACUUCCAUAUCCUUGACUGCCAGCAGGCCCUGGAGGGCAGUGGAUCUUGUUCCGUUGUCGCCUCCUACAUCUUGCACAACUCCCUGGCAUACGGUGCUGACUGGUCCCGUCUGUCCUUGGAGAAUCCUGCUCCCUGCUCCACUCCUGCUGCAGAACCAAAGGAAAGCCUUGCAGAGAGCGGAGGAGGAGGACACCUAAAGAUUCAGUACGAAUCUCCCACUGCCAGCUUUGACACUUCCCUGGAAGAUGAUACCGGACGAUACAUCCCAGAAGGCAUUCCAUCCCUGUCCUCCUACACCGCUGCAGCCCCUGUCCUCAAACCUGAUCGUGAUGCCCCCUCACUGUCCUGUCUGCUCGCAAGCUGCUCGUUCUAUGACAAUAUGCUCCAUGUGUGGCGCUGGGACUGGACUCCAGAUGAGGCUCAACAGGAAUCAGAGCAACAUUGACCAGGCUGGAGCACAAGCUGAGAUCACACGAUUCUAUCAAAUUAUGAAACAAACCAAGGCUAAUCAGAAAAUCAAGUCCAGCUAUGAUGAUACGAAAUACUGUUAUUGUUAAGUCCCUUUCACUUUGCAAUGCCUUACCACAGAAUGUUAAAAUCACAAAACCCUAUAUUUUGAUAAUUACAUUGAUUUUUAUAAACAUAUAUUUAAACAGAUUGUGUCUAGUCUGUAUGCUGUUCAUCCUGUAGCAGAAACAUCAUUACUAUUCAUCCAAAACCCUUCCCUGUAUUAUAGCUUUCGUCUUAAGGAAAAUUGUUCUCAAAAGCACCUUGUUUGGUGACUAGCAUCAAGUCUAUCGCAUGGAUUAUGGACAAAUCCUUUAUGUGUGAAUGUUUCUGAGGACCUUAUUGACUCUCAAAGGGCCCCUCUGCCCCUGUAGGGACUUUGUUCUCCUUGAUUUGGUUCAUGGUUUGACAUUUUGACAUUAUUUAAUGCUUGGUGAUGUGAUUUUAUCCCAGAGUAGCUGGGUGAGGUGAAGCACCUUUUUUGAUCUGUUAAGUGUUGUGCCUGCCUCAGUGCUGCUGCCUGAAAUCUGAGGUGGUGAUCUUCACCAUAUGAUGAUUUUGGAGACUUUAUCACAAGUUGUAUAUGAAAAUGUGUAGGUCAUUUUACUUUACCUGCUGCAUACAUUCAUUACACUUUCUGACCAAUAAAGUUGCAUUGACAACUCCAA